CGCCAGCAGGAGUUCACACACAUGCUCCACCUCUCUUAUCCCACCAGCACCCUGGAGCCACGUUUGGCAACUACCACCCGCCAGCCGCCGCCUUCGCGGGACACGCAGGUGCAACCCCAAACCCUGGUGGAUGGCAGCCGUACACCCACAGACACCCUCCUCCCAACCUCCAUUUUCCAUCCCAGCAGUUUGCAUUCAACCAAAUCCCUAUCCAUCCAUUCAGCCAGGUGCAAGGCCCUAUCUCCGUACACCCAGCCCCUUCAGCACCCAUUGCUCCCAACCCUGCAGGCCAUUCCGCAGCACAAAACACGGCACCCCAUCCGCAUGUCCUACCCACACCACCAGCCGUUGCACCCAGCACGGCACAUCCAGUAAAGCGAUGUGGCGAGAUGUCUCGCAAGCUGCGGUAUUUGAAAGAGCAGUCGCUGAAGGCUGGGAUUCUCCCCACCCAACCGCGGACGCUCGACAAGGAUCUCGACCUGGAUGAUCUCGAGCUGAAGCUGAACGAUCUGGAGGCGGAGCUACUGGAGAUCAACGGUAACGCGGAGAAGCUGCUCAAGACGCGCAACGAGCUCACGGAGCUCAAGCUGGUCCUGGAAAAGGCGGGGUCGUUCUUCGCGAGCGCGCAGAUGGGCGCGGCGGACUACCAGCGGGAGAUCGAGCGCGUGUCGUCCAUCCGCGAGAGCGCAUCCAUGGACAGCCCGCUCCUGCUCGAGCAGGAGAUGGCGUCGGAUUCGAGCAAGCGGCUGGGGUUCGUGACGGGGUUGGUGCCGCUUAGCAAGGUCGUCACGUUCGAGCGCCUGCUGUUCCGCGCCACGCGCGGCAACAUGUUUCUCAAGCAGGAGGUCGUGGAUGAGCCCGUGCUCGACCCCGCUACCGGCGAGCAGGUGGAGAAGGUGGUGUUCGUGGUGUUCUUCUCGGGCGACCGAGCGCGCACCAAGAUCAUGCGGAUCUGCGAGGCAUUUGGCGCCAACCGCUACCCCUUCCCUGAGGAGCCCGCGCGCCAGCGCCAGAUGCUCGCUGAGGUGCGAGGGCGGCUGGGGGAGCUACAGACGGCGAUAGACGCGGGCAACCGCCACCGCGACAACGUGCUCAACAGCAUCAGCGUCUACGUCGACCGCUGGACCUCGCUGGUGCGCAAUGAGAAGGCAGUGUACCACGUGCUCAACCAGCUGUCCAUCGAUGUCACACGCAAGUGUCUUGUGGCGGAGGCCUGGUGCCCCACUUCCGCGCUCGUCAAGGUGCAGGAGGCGUUGGAGCGGGGCAUGGCGGCGAGCAACGCAGCAGUGAGCACCAUCUUCCACACUCUGCGCUCCCGCGAGGCACCGCCCACCUUCUUCCGCACCAACAAGUUCACCUCCGCCUUCCAGGCCAUCGUUGAUGCCUACGGAGUGGCGCGGUACCAGGAGGCGAAUCCGGGGGUGUUCUCGAUCAUGACGUUCCCGUUCCUGUUCGCCAUCAUGUUUGGCGACUGGGGCCACGGCACCCUCAUGCUGCUCGCCUCGCUCUACCUCGUGCUCAACGAGAAAAAGCUCGGCUCUCAGAAGCUGGACGACAUCACAGAGAUGGCGUAUGGGGGGCGCUACGUGAUUCUGCUCAUGUCCAUCUUCUCCAUCUACACCGGCUUCAUCUACAACGAGUUCUUCUCCCUCGCCUUUGACUUCUCCCUCUUUGGCGGCACCGCCUACCACUGCCGCACGCCCGACUGCCAUGACUCGGGCACGGCAGGGCUGGUUAAGGACGGGGCGACGUACCUGUUCGGGGUGGACCCGGCGUGGAAGGGGUCGCGCACGGAGCUGCCGUUCCUGAACUCGCUCAAGAUGAAGAUGAGCAUCAUCCUCGGCGUCACACAGAUGUUUGCCGGCAUCAUCCUCUCCUUCUUCAACGCCCAGUUCUUCAAGAAGCCCCUCAACAUCUGGUACGAGUUCAUCCCGCAGAUGCUCUUCCUGGGCUCGCUGUUUGGCUACCUGUCGAUGCUGAUCAUCCUCAAGUGGGUCACGGGCUCCCAGGCGGACCUGUACCACGUCAUGAUCUACAUGUUCCUCAACCCUGUCGAGCCGCUGGGCGACAACGAGCUGUUCUACGGUCAGGGCACCGUGCAGAUUCUCCUUCUCUUUAUCGCGCUCAUCGCGGUGCCGUGGAUGCUGCUGCCCAAGCCCCUCAUCCUCCGCGCCCAGCACAUCCAGAAGAUGGCAGGGCGCACGUACCACGCACUGCCAGGCAGCGAGGGCGAGGCGGGGGCGAACGGGGAGAAGGGAGAGGGCGAGGAGGAGGAGUUUGAGUUCGGGGAGGUGAUGGUGCACCAGAUGAUUCACUGCAUCGAGUUUGUGCUCGGUGCCGUCUCCAACACCGCGUCCUACCUCCGCCUCUGGGCGCUCAGUGCACGCCGUGCGUGUGGCAUCAUGAGCACACUCGCCCUCCCCAUCCCGCACCCACAGUUUCCUCUCUCCUUUUGCUCCAAUCGCCUCAACCUGCCUCCUCUCCCAUCCCCCUUCCUCCCCGCUCCCACUUCCCCUCCCCCUCCCCUUCCCACUGGCCCCAUUCCUCCCUCACCCCGUUGUCUCCAACCCCGCAUCUCAUGCUCCCCUGGCAGCUCUGGCAACGUGUUGGCCAUUCUGAUUGGUUCAUUGGUGUUUGCAGCGGCCACAGUGGGCGUGCUGCUGCUGAUGGAGACACUCAGUGCCUUCCUGCACGCGCUCAGGCUGCACUGGGUGGAGUUCAUGAACAAGUUCUAUGUCGGCGACGGGUACCAGUUUGUGCCGUUUGCAUUUGCCUCUCUGCCUGACGAUGAGGACUAA